CACACACACACACGACACACAGCAGUUAUUUCGAACCGAACAGCGGAUCGGGUGUUUUACGUGGUCUGAGAAAAUUAGGGGAAUUCCUUUACCGUUUUAAUAUAUGUGCAUAUAGAAGCUUCGAGAGUCGAGACGUUUAUUCGCGGACGAACUCUUCGUUCGAGACGGGUGUUUCGAGACGGCGAGCUCGGUGACAUCGCAAUUGGACUGUCGGAGCAUCGUUCAUUCGAUCUGGAAUUGCGGUUAUUUCGGAGCAAAUCGGCAAGUGAUUUUGUCGCGCAACAUAUUCAGGUGCUUCAUCCGAUACCAAACUAAAGGACAGAAUGGUGAGAAAAGGAAAGAAGAAGAAGCAGGCAGGAGCUGAAUCUACCUCACAAGAUGCUUCUACAUCGGAACAACAGCAGAAGCAGCAACAGCAGGUAUCACAAGGCCAACCGCAACAACCAGCACAGAGUACACAACAACAAGAAUCACAGAGUCCACCGCCACAGCAGCAGCAACCAGCAUGGCCACGACAACGAGGACCACAGAGUGUACCACCACAGCAGCAGCCACCAGCUUGGCCACGACAACAAGGACCACAGAGUGUACCACCACAGCAGCAGCCACCAGCUUGGCCACGACAACAAGUACCACAGAGUGUACCGCCACAGCAGCAGCCACCAGCUUGGCCACAACAACAAGUACCACAGAGUGUACCGCCACAGCAGCAGCCACAGCAACAGCCACCAGCUCGGCCACAACAACAAGGACCACAGAGUGUACCGCCACAGCAGCAGCAACCAGCUUGGCCACGACAACAAGUACCACAGAGUGUACCACCACAGCAGCAGCCACCAGCUUGGCCACGACAACAAGGAGCACAUGGUCAACCGCAACAAGUAGUACAGGCACAACAAAUACAACAGGAGCAUCAAAAACCAAUUUCAUCUCAGCAGCAGAAGCAGCUGAAACCUUCAAUUGAUAUUGGUGCUGCUGGUGAUCAGAAAGUACAACCGACUGGUAUGCAGCCAUCCACAAGUAUUCAAUCUCCACCUCUUUUAACUGGGCUUACUUUGACAGAUCCAUUCUCCUCAGAAAGGACUGCAACAAAGGCAAAAAUGUCGACGGCUCAAUUGAAAGCAUAUCAUGAGAUGAUACCGAGGAGACAAAAUCCUGGGAGAGCUGGAACGAAAGGGGAAAAGACUGCUGUUUUUACAAACAUGUUCGAAAUUAUAUUUAAAGAUAAUUUUGUAACCAAUGCAGUUCACUACGACGUUACUAUUAAGCCUUACAGGGAAGAAUCCAAAAAAGAAGUCAGAGUACCCAAACUUCCCAAAGGUUUAUGUCGAAUAAUUUUUGAAGAAUUUAGAAAUAAAAAUUUUAAUAAAAGAUAUCCAGCAUAUGAUGGGAAUAAAAAUGCAUACAGUGGAAAUAAUCUUCCUUUCGGCGAUGAUAUACGAGGUGUCGUCUCGGUAAUUGACAAUAACCAACAACGAAAAUUUGAAAUUAUUAUGAAGAAAGUAGCUAAUGUUGAUCUUAGCUGGAUAAAAAAUUUGAGACCUGGUCUUGCAGGAAAUAAAGAUCAAACCGCUAUACAAGUCUUGGAUAUUAUCAUGCGUCAUGCACCGGAAUCACGAACUAGUAAUAUCACGGUUGGAAAGUCACUUUUUUGGAAUAUAAAUGAAGAAGAGAAACUAGGCGCUGGCGUAGCUCUAGGGCGCGGCGGAUUUUUAUCCGGAGUACUUGGCUGGCAACCGUAUCUAAAUGUAGACAUUUCUCAUAAAGGAUUUACCGUAACUCAAAAAGUAAUCGCAUACAUGGCUGAAGUUGCACUUAACAACGAAAGAAGAGUAAGAGAACUUACUUAUGACGACGUGAUGAGAUAUUCAUUAAAGAUGCAAAGCUUUUUGAGAGGUUUGAAAGUGACUUACGAAAUACCUGGCUUACCGAGUUCGAAGCGAACGUAUCGCAUAAUGGAUUUAUGUAAAGACAGUUGCGACUCAUUCAAGUUUUCGGAUAGCAGCAGUGGACGACAGUACACAAUAACGACAUACUUCCGGGAAGUGAAGAGAUAUAAAAUAGGUAGACCUGAUUUGCCUGUUCUUCAUGUGGGCAACACUGCCGACGGAGGCAAAGUUAUGCUGCCUGUCGAACUGUGCACUAUUGUCGGUAAACAGGCCAUUAAUAAAAAGCUUGAUGAAACGCAAACUGCAGCAAUGAUCAAGAAAACAGUAGCGAAAGCGCCAGAUCGUAAAUAUAGAAUUGAAGCCGCGUUCGACGAAAUUAAAGUGAAUAACAGUCCCGUCAUGGAAAAUGAAUUCCAUCUAUCUGUGAAUCCACAAAUGAAAAGAGUAGAUGCCAGAGUUUUAAGUGCUCCAAUAUUGAAAUAUGAAAAUGAAAGAACAGCGAAAGUAAUGAGAGGAGUAUGGUAUUUGCAAAAGUUUAAUCAACCCAAACAUUUGGAAGACCGUUCGUGGACUAUUCUCGAUUUGAGUGGAACGAAAGACGCUGAAAUAAAAAUGCAGGAGUUCGUGAAAGAGUUAAGGAAAACAGGAUCAGAAUGUGGUAUGAGAAUUGGAGACUCCAUUCGUCCAUACAAAAGAUUUUACGCAAAUGAACUAAACAAGAUUAAAGACUUUUUCAAUACACAUAAGCAUUUAAAGUUGAUAAUAGUUCUUAUACCAAAUCAGAGAGACGUAACAUACGGCAACGUAAAACAAAUUACCGAGAUGGAGAUAGGUGUUUUGACACAAUGUAUAAAGAUUCAAACUAUAAAAAAUGGAAGCGACGUACCUGCUUCGACGCUGAAAAAUAUUCUACAAAAAAUAAACUCGAAAUUAAAUGGCGUCAAUCAUAUAUUGCAAACCAUACCAUUCUGUCUACAAUGCGAUUACAUACUCGUUGGUGCCGACGUAACUCAUCCGGCUCCUGAUUCUAGAGAUAUACCCUCUAUAGCGGCGGUUGCUGCAAGUAGAAAUUCAGCUUUCCAGUAUAAUGUUGUACUGAAACUUCAACCACCCAAAGAAGAAAUGAUUUUAGAUCUUGAAGCAAUAAUCCUAGCACAACUUAACGCCUAUGGCCAGGAAAACAGACGUGCACCAAAGAGAAUCAUUUAUUACCGAGACGGAGUUAGUGAGGGGCAGCUUCCACAAGUUAUGUUCCACGAAAUAAACGCCAUUAGACAGGCGAUUAGAAAAUUCAAUAAAGGUAACAUUGAAAUUACUUGCGUGGUUGUUCAGAAGAGACAUCAUGUGCGCCUCUUUCCCGUAAAUCCAAAAGACACAGACGACAGAAAUGGUAACGUGAGACCGGGUACAAUUGUCGAUACACAAAUUACCCAUCCAGAUCACAUUGACUUUUAUCUCGUGUCACAUGCGAGUAUUCAGGGCACAGCGCGGCAUACGAAAUACAGAUGCAUAUACAAUGAUUCUAAAUUUAACGAAGAUCAGCUUGAGGAGAUGACUUAUUACCUUUGCCACAUGUAUGCCCGCUGUACAAGAGCAGUAAGCUAUCCGGCGCCAACUUAUUAUGCUCAUUUAGGAGCUUUUCGCGGAAGAACCUUGAUACAAUCAACAAACUUUCGAUUGGACAAGAGAACAAAUUUUGACUUAAAAAUGGCGGGAUCACCGAUGCAUUUCGUUUAAGGAUAAAUAUAAGGAUCUUUUGUUUUUUUGUUUUCUUUUUGCUAAAAUAAAUUUUCGAUCGUAUAGUUGCAGUAUAAUAAUACGUAGAAAAAUUAUCAAUUGUAUUACCAAUUGUGUUAAUUAAUUGAUUAAUUAAUUGCAAAAACUAUACUUAAUUUACACAUUAAUAAAUGACUUGAUUAUAAGCAAUCAGAAUUGUAACUGGUAAAUCUCAUUCGCAUGAAGCUGUUUAUUUUAUCAUGUGGAUAUAAGAUACAAUAUAUAUUUUAUCACUGUAUAAUUAGUUAUGCAUUAUAAUCACAUUAAUUUUUCCUUUCUUUUUUGUUCUAAUGAUAAUUAACAUCCAAACACGUAUAUACAAAGAAAGUAUUUCUCAGCGUCGUAAUAACUACAUGUAACAUGCAUACAUUCUGCACGAAUUUAAUUGUAUAAUUAUUUUACAAGUAUAAAAUAAGCAACAAAAAGAGAAAUAAUUGUAGAAAUUACAUAAAUAUUAUAAGAUAUCUGAAUUAUUAGUCCAAUGCCUAUGCUGUUGACUAAUUAUUAAUAAAGAUCAAUUUAUCAGUUAUAAAAGAAGUACGUAUAAUAUUUCAUUUAAAUAUGUAUAAUAUGGAUUAUAUAUAU